AUGUCUCCUUUUCCCAUCCCUAUCUCUUUUUCCAGAAGGAGCACAGGCUCUGUUGAAACACAAAAUUGGACGUGUGUCCCAGAAUUCCAUCUCGUGGGCUUCUCAGAGGAUCCAGAACUGCAGUCCCUCCUGUUAGUGCUGUUCCUGUCCGUGUACCUGGUCACAGUGCUUGGGAACCUGCUCAUCAUCCUGCUCAUCAUUUCUGACACCCACCUGCACACCCCCAUGUACUUCUUCCUCUGCAACCUGUCCUUGGCUGACAUGGGUUUCACCUCCACCACGGUUCCCAAGAUGAUUGUGGACAUCCACACUCACAGCACAGUCAUCUCCUAUGUGGGCUGCCUGACGCAGAUGUCUCUCUUUAUUAUCUUUGGGUGCAUGGAUGAUUUGAUUCUGACCGUGAUGGCCUAUGACAGGUUUGUUGCCAUCUGUCACCCACUGCAUUACCAGGUCAUCAUGAACCCCCACCGCUGUGGCUUCUUGGUUUCUGUGUCUUUUUUCGGCAGCCUUUUGGAAUCCCUGCUGCACAACUUGAUAUUAUUACCAGUUACCUGCUUCAAGGCAGUUGAAAUUUCUAAUUUCUUUUGUGACCCUUCUCAGCUACUCAAUCUUACAUGUGAUGACACCUUCAACCAUGACAUAGUCAUGUAUCUUAUUGGUAUCGUAUUUGGGUUUUUCCCUAUCUCAGGGAUCCUCUUCUCUUACUAUAAAAUCGUGUCCUCCAUUCUGAGAGUCCCAUCCCCAGGUGGGAGGUACAGAGCCUUCUCCACCUGUGGCUCACACCUGUUGGUCGUUUGCUUAUUUUAUGGAUCAGGUUUAGGUGUGUAUCUCAGUGCAUCCUUCUCCACCUCUUCCAGAAAGAGUGCUGUGGCCUCACUGAUGUACACCCUGGUCACCCCUAUGUUGAACCCCUUCAUCUACAGCCUGAGGAACAGGGACAUCAAGAGAGCUCUGCAGAUAAUUGUCAACAGAAUUAGCUAAUCUCACUGCCCUUGCCAUCCUUGUGCUCCUAGAACUGAAAUGGGCAGCUCCAAGAAUUCCU